ACAAAAUCUUCAAGCCCGGUGGUUAUAUCCUGUAGGUCACGUUUUUACUACAGUUUGGAAGAAAUGGCGGACAUAGAUGACUUGUUCGGGAGUGAUGGAGACAGCGACAAUGAUCAGCGAGAGUCUGGCUCUGGCUCCGGUUCAGACUCGGAGCAGGAGAGACCCCGUUCUGCCAGCAAUGCCUCGGGCAGCGGCAGUGACAGCGAGAGGGACCGAGAUGAUGACGACGAUGACUAUGAAGGCCAGGAGGCUGGAAAACCCAGUAUGAAUAAGGAGCUGUUUGGAGAUGACAGUGAGGAUGAGCAACACAGCGGCAGCGACAACCAGUCUGAGCGGUCAGGGAACCAGUCAGAUGCCAGCAUGCACUCGGACCGCGGGGACAAUGAUCACUCCGAUGCAGAGCAGCACAGCGGUUCAGAGCGCGACCAUCGAGAUGAGGAUGAAGAUGAGGAGGAUGGGGGCCACCGGUCGGACGGAGGAAGCCCGGCUGGCAGCGGGAUGUCUGGUGCUGGGACCCCUCGUUCUGACAGGGGCAGCGUUCGCUCAGACAGAAGCAUGCACAGUGAUCCGGGGACUCCACAGUCAGGGCCGGGCACCCCUCACACUGACGGCGACGGUUCAGGCAGGGAGAACCAAUCAGACGAUGAGAAGUGGGAUGGAGGAGCUAAGAGUGACCAGUCAGAGGAUGAGGAGGAGAAACGUCACUACUCUGACGAAGAAAGAGAAAAUUCUGACGAUGAGGGGCCGAGGAACAGGAAAUCAGAGUCUGCAAAGGGAAGUGACAGUGAAGAUGAUUUCAUAGGACGGAAGCCCAAAGCAAAAGCUGCCUCCGAUUCAGAUUCAGACAGCGAUGUCGAAACCAGAAAACCAAAGAAAACUGCAGCAGACGACCUGUUUGGAGAAGCUGACGACAUCUCUUCAGACAGUGACGCAGAGAAGCCCCCGACCCCGGGACAGCCCCUGGACACAGAGGAUGGGAUAGAAGGGGAGCAGGCAGAAGAGGAGCCUGCACCUGAAACCCGUAUCGAAGUAGAGAUCCCAAAAGUCAGCACUGAUCUGGGAUCCGACCUUUAUUUUGUCAAGCUGCCCAAUUUCCUGUCUGUGGAGCCCAGACCAUUUGAUCCUCAGUACUAUGAGGAUGAAUUUGAGGAUGAAGAAAUGCUGGAUGAAGAGGGACGGACCAGACUCAAACUGAAGGUGGAGAAUACAAUCCGGUGGAGAGCGAAGAAAGACGAGGAGGGAAGUGAAACACGAGAGAGCAAUGCACGCAUUGUCAAAUGGUCUGAUGGCAGCAUGUCUCUCCACCUGGGGAACGAAGUGUUCGAUGUUUACAAAGCUCCUCUCCAGGGAGACCACAAUCACCUUUUCAUCCGACAGGGCACCGGUCUGCAGGGACAGGCUGUGUUCAAAACUAAACUCACUUUCAGACCCCACUCCACAGACAGCGCCACCCACAGGAAGAUGACCCUAUCUCUGGCUGAUCGCUGCUCCAAGACACAGAAGAUCAGAAUCCUCCCCAUGGCUGGGCGAGAUCCCGAGUCCCAUCGCAACGAAAUGAUCAAGAAAGAGGAGGAGCGGCUGCGAGCCUCCAUCCGCAGGGAGUCCCAGCAGAGGAGGAUGAGGGAGAAACAGCACCAGAGAGGCCUGAGCAGCAGCUACCUGGAACCGGAUCGUUAUGAUGACGAGGAGGAGGGCGAGGACGCGAUCAGCCUCGCAGCCAUCAAGAGCAAAUACAAGGGAGGAAGUGGUCUGAGGGAGGAGCGAGCGAGGAUCUACUCAUCAGAUAGUGAUGAAGGGUCUGAUGACGAUAAAGCCCAGAGGCUGAUGAAGGCCAAGAAGCUAGACAGUGAUGAGGAGGGUGAAGGGUCAGGCAAGAGAAAAGCAGAAGAUGACGAGGAAAUGGCCACCAAAAGGGCUAAGAAGUAUGUCAUCAGCGAUGAAGAAGAGGAGGAAGAGGACGACGAAUAAUUCAUCUUCCUGCAUCAUUCCACUGUAUUAUCAGUGCUUUGCCCACAUGGCAUAUAAACAGCCAUAUUUUUUUGUAUAUUUUUUUUCUUAUGAUCUGUGUGUGGGUGGGUGUGUCUGUGUGUUUGCUUGUUUAUGUUGUGUACAGAAGAGGUGAGAAAUAAAAAAACAAAAAAAACCCCAAAACGGUUGUUUUAUGUAACCAAAGCUUCCCAAGGCCUCUUCAGC